AUGGGUCUUUCAUUCUCUAAAUUGUUCGAACAAUGGUUCGGAAAGAAGGAAAUGAGAAUUCUGAUGUUGGGUUUGGACGCAGCAGGUAAAACCACCAUCUUGUACAAAUUGAAAUUGGGAGAAGUUGUGAGCUCAGUCCCAACCAUCGGAUUCAAUGUAGAGACUGUGGAAUACAAGAAUAUCAAAUUCACAGUGUGGGAUGUUGGAGGUUAAGAUAAAAUCAGACUCUUAUGGAGACAUUACUAUCAAAACACAUAAGGUCUGAUCUUCGUUGUUGAUUCAUCCGACAAAGAGAGAGUCGAUGUUGCUAGAGAAGAAUUGGAUGAGAAUGUUGGGUGAAGACGAACUCAGAGACGCUGUCUUGUUGGUCUUUGCAAAUAAACAAGAU